AUGUCUUCUCCAUCGAGCCCUGGAAACGGACCCAGCAGCUUUACUUCCUGCUCAGCUGUCCUUCCGCCGAUCGGGAGCAAAGACCGUACCAGCUCUCCCAGCCCUUCAAAGGGAUCCAGCUCUGGGUUCAGGGCAGCUGGUUACUUUAGCAGCAGAAGUCUGGGUGGCAUCAGCUCAAGAGGAUCCAGAAAUUCCAGCGGUGGCUACCACUCCGCUAGAUAUGGAUAUGGCCAUCGGGGAGUCGGCUACUCUGGCACUGGAUUCAGUCACAGUCCUUAUGGCUCAUAUGGGCUUAGGCGACCCGUUGCCAGUGGAACUGGGACACCCUUCAUCACUCCUGUGACUUGCAAUGAGUCUCUGUUGCAACCUCUCAACCUGGAAAUCAACUCUGCUGCCCAAGCAAUGAAAUGCCAGGAGAAGAACGAGCUCCAGUGCCUGAACAGCAAAUUUGCCUGUUUCAUUGACAAGGUCCGGUUCCUGGAGCAGCACAACCUGAUGCUGAAGACCAAGUGGGACUUCUUGAAGGAGAAGAAGCGCCAGAAAAGCCACAUGGAGCCCCUGUUUAGCGAAUACAUCAGUAGGCUGAGGAAGGAGCUGGAGUGCUUGGAAUGGGAGAGGAAUCAGCUGAAGGUCGAAAUGAACAAUUGGAGAGAAAGCAUGGAAGGGAACAAGAAGAGGUUUGAGGAAGAAUGCAGUCGAAGGACCUGUGCUGAAAACGAAUAUGUUGCACUUAAAAAGGAAGUGGAUUGUGUCUUCAUGGACAAAUCACAGAAAGAAGCCAAGGUGGAAACUUUAACGCAAGACAUCUGCUUUUACAGAAAUACAUUUGAAGAGGAAAUAUGUGAGUUGCAGUCAUGCAUCUCAGACACUUGUGUCACAGUGAAAAUGGACAACAGCCGAGGCCUGGAUGUGGGCUGCAUCAUUGAAGAGUUCCACCGUCGGUACGAAGACAUUGCCUCCCGGAGUCGAGCCGAGGCUGAGGCUUGGUGCCAGUGCCAGUACCAGGAGCUGAGGACAACGGCUGCCAAACACUGUGACAAUCUACGCAAUGUCAAGGAUGAACUUGGUGAGCUGACUCGGAUGGUUCACCGACUGCAGGCUGAAAUCUCAAAUGUCAAAUCCCAGCGCUGCAAACUGGAAGAGGAGGUAGCUGGAGCUGAGGAACGUGGGGAGAUGGCGGUGAAGGAUGCUAAAUGCAAACUGGCAGGUCUGGAGGAGGCCCUGCACAAGGCCAAGCAGGACAUGGCUUGCCAGCUACGGGAGUAUCAGGCCCUGAUGAACCUCAAGUUGGCCCUGGAUAUUGAGAUUGCCACCUACAGGAAACUCCUGGAAGGAGAGGAGUUCAGGAUGGGCGAUGGAGAAUGUGCUGUGAACAUCUCUGUGCAGAGGAGCCAGGGCGCCGUCGUGUGCAAUCCUGACCACCACUGUGGACCCGGAAGGUGUGGGCACAUCAUGACAAAUGGAAGAGAUUCCUGCAGCCCAGCAGGUUUCAAAAGAGGCAUGGCUCCCUGUGGAGAUGCGGGUUCUCCCAUGUGGAGACAGCCAUACCCCUCCUCCCGAAGGAUUUAGCAACCCAGAGUGUCAAG